UAGAGAGGGAGCUGGACGAGAGCGGGCGUCCGGGAGCGAAGCCGCAGUCCCUGAAGGGGGGACUCCGCAACCGCAGAGUCACUGCUGUAGGACUUCGUGGCUGGAAAAGUUGCCAUGUGGGUCAAGAAGGAGGCAGGCCUGUAUUCGCUUCCUGGUUCUGCCGCUGCCUGGGGCUUUACAGCCCUUUCCUGAGGUUGUGCCUUCCUUUGAAGUGUCUCCAUUUUAUGGUAUUCUCCAUUUUCAUCAUGGGCUUCUGCCUGGCUCUGGCAUGGACAUUCCUGGUUGGGCCAUGGAUACCCACUGGAGCUCAGAAUCCUAUUUCCUGGGAGGUGCAGCGAUUUGAUGGAUGGUACAACAACCUCAUGGAGCACAGAUGGGGCAGCAAAGGCUAUCGGCUGCAGCGCCUGGUCCCAGCCACCUAUGCAGAUGGUGUGUACCAGCCCUUGGGAGAGCCCUACCUGCCUAAUCCCCGUGACGUCAGCAACACUGCCAUGAGGGGCCCUGCAGGGCAGGCCUCCCUGCAGAACCGCACAGUGCUGGGGGUCUUCUUCGGUAAGGGCCUCAACCUGUAGGGGAUAGAGGCCAGGGGGGUCAGCCAGACACCUCUGUGUCUGAGGGGGACUCAGAGAAUGAGGGAGAGAAAUGUUGGAG